AUGGUGUUUUGCUGUUGUUGUAGUAGUGGUUGUUGUUUGUUUGUUUGUUUCCUGAAAAGAAGGUUGUCAAUUCUGUGUGUACUUGAAAAACUACUUCUAAUGCUGACUGUCAGGAAGGUGAAGAGAAGGACACCAGAAGGACACACAGAGGACGCGGCAGAGGCACAUAAAGAUGGCGGCAGCCUUGGCGUGGCGCAGCCGCGAUGCAGCAGAGUAGUUUGCUGACUAGCUGUAACUUCCUCAUACAUGAGAACUUGUGCAUUAGAACUCGAGUCCUGUGGAAGCAGCCACCUUCUAGGACAUUUUUCAGUGACAGGAAGAAUUUUCAUACUGCUCCGGUAGGACAAGCCUUCCACCGGCGCCCCUUCCAUGUUUUGGUGGCUACAGGUGGGGGAUAUGCAGGAUACAGAAAAUACGAGCGUUACAAGUUGGAACAGCUAGAGAAGAAGGGCAUAGAGCUGGCUGUGAAGCUUGCAAGUGAGUGGGAGGUUGCUCUGUACAAAUAGGUACCAACUCGACUACUCUCACGAGCAUGGGGUCACCUGAACCAGGUGGAGCUGCCUACAUGGCUUCUGAAGCCUGUUUACAGCCUGUACAUUUGGACAUUCAGAGUAAACAUUAAGGAGGCAGCUGUUGAAGAUCUGCAUCACUACAGAAACCUCAGUGAAUUCUUUCACAGGAUGCUGAAACCACAAGCACGGCCAGUCUGCUGUUUGCACAGUGUGAUUAGUCCCUCUGACGGAAAGAUCCUUAAUUUUGGACAAGUAAAGAACUGUGAAGUGGAGCAAGUAAAAGGGGUUACUUAUUCACUGGAAUCUUUCUUGGGACCUCGCAUCAGCACAGAGGACUUGCAUUUUAGUGAGGCCUCACCUGGUAACUCCUUUCAGCAACAGCUAGUCACGAAGGAGGGGAAUGAGCUCUAUCAUUGUGUAAUCUGCCUUGCACCAGGGGACUACCACUGCUUCCACUCGCCCACUGACUGGAGGGUGUCACACCGACAUUAUUUUCCAGGCUCUCUGAUGUCUGUGAAUCCUGGAGUUGCUCGCUGGAUCAAGGAACUGUUAUGCCCCAAUGAACGGGUUGUCCUUGCAGGUGACCGGAAACAUGGCUUUUUCUCUCUAAUGGCUGUAGGAGCAACAAACGUGGGCUCUGUCUGCAUCUACUUUGACCAGGACCUGCAUACCAACAGUCCGUGUUACUCCUACAAUGACUUCAGCUUCGUAUCCAACAACAACAAGGAGGGAAUACCCAUGAGGAAAGGAGAACAUUUAGGGGAAUUUAAUCUAGGCUCUACUAUUGUACUCAUCUUUGAGGCACCUAAGGACUUCAAAUUCCACCUCAAAGCUGGACAGAAAAUCCACUUUGGAGAAGCCCUGAGCUCUCUAUAGAAACUCACGCAGCAAGAAGGUUUUAUAUACAAAGGGACUUUUAUCACAUCACAGAGAGUUUCACUUAACAAGCAUGUAUCACUCAGCAGGACCUGGGUGAGGAAAAUGGAAGAUGUCAUUGCUAUGUUCAACUUUGAGAGUAUUUGGCCUAUAUUUACAUAUUGCUGCUGAAUGCAGAAAGAUAAUUGAAUGAACGUGUGUGUAUCAGGUACAGCUGCCUUUAAAGACGUUGACUACAGAGGUUUCUGUCC